AUGCGGGGUCACCAGUUUACAUGGGAGAAGGGGAAAGGCACUGAUAGAUGGAUGGAGGAAAGGUUGGAUAAGGUGUUGGUGUCUGCACGAUGGACUACACUGAAUACUGAGGCGUGGGUCGAAAAUAUUCUAACCCGAAAGUCCGAUCACUCUGCUCUCUUUUUAAACACUGAUGUGGUGCGUGGCCGCAGAUAUGGGGGACCGAAACGAUUUCGCUUUGAGAUGGCAUGGAUUCAUGAUGACGGUUGCCGGAGGGUGGUGGAGACAGCCUGGCAGGAUGGUAGGGAUAAGGGGCUGUUGAUUUGUCAGCAGCAUUGUGGGGGGAGGCUAAUGCGGUGGGGUGGGGAGCAUUGGCAUAAGUUUGGUGACCGCAUCAAGCAAUUGAGGAAAGAGCAGGAUGAGAUACGGCACAGACGAGAUUCGGCUGCAUUGGCCGAAUUUCGCGACAUUGAGGAGAGACUAGUGCAGUUGGAGAUGCAGGAGGAUGUAUUUUGGAGGCAGCGGGCGAAGCAGCACUGGCUGCGCGGUGCGGACUGCAAUACCAAGUUCUAUCACAGGUACGCUUCUGCUCGUAGAAGGAAAAAUUAUAUUCCUAGAUUAAAAGAUGAUAUGGGUGCAUGGGUGGAGGGGGAUAAUAUGAAGAGAGUUGUCUUGGAAUAUUAUGCUGCUAUUUUUACAUCAUCAGACACUGAAUGUGAGGAUCCCAUGUUUGAUAAUUUUGCCCCCCGUGUGACUAGUGAGCAGAACACUAAACUCCUCCGCUAG